UUUAAAAAUUGCUGAAACAUAAAUUACCUUUAAGCUUAAAAAAAUUUUCACAUUUGAAAACUACAGUAUGUAGUACAAUUACAAAAUUUAUGUUGAAAGUGUUUUGCAACUUUGAGUCACACCCUUACAGAAAUCUUCAUCACUUGUAAAAUCUGUUACUCAUGAAAGAAUGCACUUUCUUUGGAAUUAAAAAUGUUGUUCCCAGCAUAGAUUCCUCCCAUUCGGGAAAUAUUGGGUGUGACGACAGCCUAGAAAAGCAGCCAGUGGAGAGUCGGCUCCCAGUUCAGCUCCAGACUGAAAGCCUUCAACCGUUUCAUCGUCUCAAGAGGAAAAGCUGAGCAGGGAGACAACGAUGUUCUACUGCAACGACUUCAGCAGCUCAGACGGCUUCAGCGACACCAACGGCUUCCGCUGGUCCAAUGGGUUCAGUACCAUUAAUGGGUCCAGAACCAUUAAUGGGUCCAGAACCAUUAAUGGGUCCAGAACCAUUAAUGGGGGCAGCACCAUUAAUGGGGGCAGCACCAUUAAUGGGUGCAGCACCAUUAAUAGGUGCAGCGUCAUUAAUGGGUGCAGCUUGCCCAAAAACCGGUUCAAAAAUCAUCGAUAUUCAGCUUUUCAGGAAGUGGACCUUCACUGUGAGACCAACAACAAGGCCCACCACACCAGCUCAAUCUCAGUGAACCAGCUGAUUGUGAGGAGAGGCCAGCCGUUCAGCAUAACCCUUCAAAUGACAAAACCUUUCAACCCUGACAUUGAUCAACUCACCAUGAAAGUUGUGACUGGGAAACAUCCAUCUCAGGAGCAAGGAACAAUGUCAUCCUUUGGUUUUCCAGACAAAGUGAAAAGUUCUUCAUGUGCUAAAGCAGUCUGGAGAGCAGAGCUUCAGAAAAACAGACUUCCUGAAACAGGAGCGCUGGCUCUAACGAUAACGCCGCCCGCUGACGCUCCGGUAGGGGAGUACAAACUUUCUGCAGGACUUAAAGCCGAAGAAAAUGAGUUAGCACAACUCUUUGUGCUCUUCAACCCUUGGUGUUCUGAUGACUGGGUGUUUCUGCCUAACGAGGCAGAGAGACAAGAAUACGUUAUGAACCAACAUGGAAUAAUCUACACAGGUUCUGAUCAAUACAUUAAUGGACUUUCCUGGGACUUUGGACAGUUUGAAGAGGACAUGGUGAAGAUAUGCCUGAAGUUACUCGACCUCAGCAGGAAACACAAGCGGGACCCGGCUGACGACGUUUCUGCUCGCUGUAAUCCCAUCUAUGUCAGCCGUGUCAUUACCAAUAUGGUUAACAAAGAAGAAAUCAACGAUGGCGUCCUGCGGGGAAACUGGUCAGGUGAUUUUAAAUAUGGCUUCCCACCAACCCACUGGAGCGGCAGCUACGCCAUCCUGAAGCAGUGGUACGCCUCCUUCUGCAAAGCUGUCAACUACGGGCAGUGCUGGGUGUUCGCCGGCGUCAUGUGUUCAGUGAUGCGCCUGUUGGGAAUCCCCUGCCGUGUUGUCACUAACUUCGAGUCCGCUCACGACUCCGAUGCAAACUUGACCAUCGACACCUACUACGGAGAAUCUGGUGUCAGACCGAAACCGUCCAAUGACAGCGUCUGGAACUUCCACGUGUGGGUAGAGGGGUGGAUGAGACGACCGGACCUGGCAGAAGAUGGCCGAUAUGACGGCUGGCAGGUUCUGGAUGGAACGCCGCAGGAAAAGAGUGAAGGUGUGUUCUGCUGUGGUCCGGCUCCAGUAGCGGCCAUCUUGAACGGGGACGUUGACCUGAGAUAUGAUGUGCCAUUUGUCUUCGCUGAGGUCAACGCUGACCGUGUUACCUGGCUGAUCAAAAGAGAUGGAUCCAAGGUGCAGAUGAAGUCUGACACCAGGAGUGUUGGACAGCACAUCUCCACGAAGGCUGUUGGCUCCAACCACCGGAUGGACAUCACGAGUGCCUACAAACACACAGAAGGAUCGGUGCGAGAAAGGGACAUUUUCAAAUACGCUCUGACCAAACUGGACAGUGAUUCAAGAAUUGCAGUGUGUCCAAUGGCUGUCAAACCUGAACCACUGGUCAUAAACAACACCACAAACACAGAGAAUGGCCACCCAACUCCGCAGCUGGUUGUUAAAUUUAAAGAGGAGUCCGCGCCAGUGAAGGGUCAGGAUGUGAAGAUAAAUCUGGUGCUGAGAAGUGAAGGCAGCGCUGCCAGGACGCUGUCUGUCAACAUCAACGUCCAGGCCAUGACGUACACCGGCCAACCCAAAGGAAACAUCCAGAAUGAGGUCGUCCAGAAACAACUACUUCCUGAGAAAGACCUGACCUUCCCCAUUCAGAUCCCGUACCUCUCCUACAGUAAAUACAUGGUGGACUGCCAGACCAUGAACAUUUCAGCCAUGAUCACUGACCUCCAGAACGAUGAGAUCUACCUGGCAGCGGACCGUAUUGUGCUGAAAGACCCUCCCAUCGCCAUCACUGUGUCUGAAGAAGCCAGAGUGAAUCAGAUAUUGAGUAUCUUAGUGACUUUCAUAAAUCCAAUCAGCGAGACGCUGACAGGUUGCACUCUGACUCUCUCUGGAACUGGACUUAUUGAUUGGGAGCAAACAUUCAAGCUUGAAGAUCUGAUGCCAAACAAGACAAUGUGUGUCAAAUUAAGCGUUGUUCCCUACAAGAGCGGGGAGAGGACUCUACUGGCUGACUUUGACUGUGCCGCUUUCAGAGACAUCAAGACCAGCUGCAUCAUUAAUGUCAGACCUUAAACUACAGAAAGAAAAAUGUUUUUGAAGUAGAGAGACCAUUGAAAUCGGAGAAUUUUGUUUGAAUAAAUUGUUGUUUUAGGUUUUUUCUUUAUUUUUAAAUUUAAAACUUGGAUUUCUAAGGGGAACAAUGAAAAACUUGUAGUAAUCCGACACUCAGGUGCUGGGAAUUUAAUUUUAAUCAUGACUUUCUGCUGUAUUAUUGUUUUAAACUUAUAACAGUCAUAAGAAAACAGGUCCUGCUUUGACUGUUGUUUUUCUCCAGACCAAUUUAUUCCUAAGCCAGUCGAUAUUUUUCAUGACUUAAGGCUUAAAGUUUGCACAAAUCUGGCUUUUUUUUACUGUUAUAGUUUAGUCUUACUUUAAAAUUCAACUUUAAUGUGUGUUAAUCACGCCACGCCUCUUAACCUUUUGUCACUUGGAAUUGCUUCAUCUGUUCACACAUUUUCACCCCUGCUUGGUUUGGUUCAGUUUAUUUUUGGGUCUUGAGUUUGUAAAGUUUGACUUUAUCAAAUACGACUUCAGACCUCAGAAUUUGCUUUGGGAAUAAAACUGACAAAGAUCGUAAAACUGUUUCUGCACCUUUUAAAAUCAAUUACAAAACCUCAAAGGUGUUUUUAGUUAACUCCACACCUUUACUGAUUGCUGGUAGAAGUUAAAACCAUUUAAAUUUUUCCCUCAAUGUGUAAUUAAUCUGUCUUAUAUGUGGGGUUCACUUUUUAUAAUAAAUAACAUACAGUAUUGAGCGUUUGUAAUGCAAAGAUAAGUUUAAAAAACAUGGAUUAUAAAAGUAUUUUUAAAAAAUGUCAAGAAUCCUUAAACUUGCCAUUAAUUUACCCCGUAUUGAUAAUUAGUCUGUAGAUAAAGUUUAUGGAUUUUUGGGGGGUUUUCAGCAUGUUUCUUAAUUUUUAAAAUCUUAAUAAAUAUUAACAAUAAGAAAAGAAAUCUCAUUUUCUGUACAGUUAUUACCUCAGUGGGCAGACGCCAGAUUUCUUCAGAUAAAAACAAUUCUGUUGACAGUUUUUUCAGCAAAGAGAUUGAUCGAGUUGUGAACACUGAAAAUAGUUAUCAUUUUCUUUCUUUUUUUAACUUUCUGUGGGGUCAUAAAAGUAAAAUAAAAAGUCAUAAAACAGAAAUCUGUAAAUCUGUACAGAUUCAGUGCUUCUCAGUGAAGAUCAAAGCAGUGACAACUCCCAUCAGCUCAAAAAAUAAAAAAUGUUCUGACUCAGCGGGAGAGUAACCCUUAAGACAGACGUCAGUGUCGUCUUGCGUGGCGUGAUUUCAGACAUUUUAAUGAGGCUGCAACACGCAUCUCUCUGGGUGUCACAGGUUUAUGAAAACCGCCUGUCCAUCGCUCAGUUUGCAGAUGUUUGUCUGCUGGAACAAAUUUUAAGUGUUUUUUUAAUGUAAGAGGGAAAGUUUCACUUGACUAAAUUCAGCGAUCUGAACUCA